CCGCGGCCGCGCGCGGCUCCGUUCCCCCGCCGAGCCCCCCCGCCCCUUCCCCCGCGGCGGCCCGUCCCGCGGCACGCGGCCCGUUGUUAUGACGACACGGCCGUAAAGCCGCCAUCUUGGCGGUGCGGCUCGUUGCGACAUGGAGGCCGCGAUGGCAACGAGCGCGGGGCCGGCGGGGCUUACGGCAGCCGCGGCCGAGGAGCGGGAGGGGGCGGCGGCCGCGGGCUCCGACCCCGCCGCGCCGUCCGCCGGCCCCGCCGCCUUCCUCCGCCUCCCGGCGCCCUUCAGCGAGGAAGAUGAAGAUGACGUGCAUAAGUGCGGUCGCUGCCAGUCGGAGUUCACCUCCUUGGAAGAAUUUGUGCAACACAAAUUACAAAAGGUCUGCCAGCGAGCUCCAGAAGCUCUCGCUGCUGCAUCAGCAGGUCUCCUCAACCAAGAAGUACAAAAGCAGGUCAUUCCUUCUGUCGAGGAGUCGAUAACUGUUGCUCAUAUAGUUGUUGAAGCAUCUUCAAUAGCAGAGGAAAUCAGCAACGCAUCUGCUAUAGUAGGUAGUGGGCACAUCAAAGAAGUCAUUGUUGCAGGAGACCACGUUUUUGAAAACCCAAAUGGUCAUGUCGAUGGGGAAGUCACUGAAGAGCAAGGCAACCCUGAAGAUCAGGAGCAGGACAUUGCCACAGAACUGAUAAAGGUUAAGCUGCUGAUUAACAAAGAAGGGCGAUAUGUAUGUGAAUUAUGCCAGAAGACGUUUAAAACAGCAAGCAUCCUCAAAGCUCACAUGAUCACGCACAGCAGCAGAAAGGACUAUGAAUGUAAACUCUGUGGAACUUCCUUCAGGACAAAAGGGUCUCUGAUUAGACACCAUCGGCGUCACACUGAUGAAAGACCUUACAAAUGCAAGAAAUGUGGGAAAAGCUUCCGGGAAUCAGGAGCUUUGACUCGGCACCUGAAAUCUCUGACACCUUGCACUGAAAAAAUCCGCUUCAACAUGAACAAAGAAAUAGUAGUCAAUAAAGAUGAUUUGCCAACAGGAUCCUGUAGUUCAAACACGGACACCGUUUCAUCAAUAGCGAGUGAAUCCAUUGAGACCUCGCCCGUCAUUCAUCUUGUCACAGAUGCAAAAGGCAACGUUCUUCAUGAAGUCCACGUCCAAAUGCAGGAACUUCCUGUUGUAGAUGCAAAAUCCCUGGACCAAGAUUCGCAUCCUGAGGAGCUGCCGUGUGAGGGGGAAGUGAACAGUGAGAAUCUGCUGAGGCAGGCCAUGAGGAAUUCGGGUAUUGUGAUAGAGAGGGUCACUAUGGAGGAAAUGCAAAAGCCAGAUGAGCAUGCUGUGGCUGCUACAGAAGAAAUAGAAAAUGAAGUGGUGGAAGCAGAAGAGGAGCCGUGUGAGGAACAGUGUAUUGAAGUAGAACAAGUGGAGUCGACAGAUGCAGAAAGAACAAAUGGGUACAAAAGUUACGUUUGCCCUCACUGUAAUGAAGCCUUCAGUGAAGUGAAUUCCCUUGAAACACACAUCAAAGGUCAUUUAGAUUACAAGCCUUUUAAGUGUGAGGAGUGUGGCAAAGAGUUCACAAAAGGCUAUCUGCUAAAAAAGCAUCAAGAAGUGCACGUGAAUGAACGGCGCUUCCGCUGUGGAGAGUGCGGCAAGCUCUACAAGACCAUUGCACAUGUGAAGGGGCAUCGAAGAGUGCAUUCUGAUGAGCGGCCGUAUUCCUGUCCAAAGUGUGGCAAGCGGUACAAGACAAAGAAUGCCCAGCAAGUUCAUUUCCGUACGCAUUUAGAGGAUAAGCCUUAUGUGUGCCAGUACUGCAGUCGGGGCUUUCGGGAAAAGGGCUCGCUGGUCCGCCACAUCCGCCAUCACACGGGGGAAAAGCCUUUUAAGUGUUACAAGUGCGGGCGAGGGUUUGCAGAGCAUGGCACUCUCAACAGGCACUUAAAAACCAAAGGUGGCUGCCUCCUUGCUUUGAAAGAGGUGGAAGAAGUGAUCAUGUCUGAGGAAAGUCAGUCAGCUGACAAUUUAGCUGCAACAGUCAUUUCUGAAGAUCCUCACACUGUUUUGGUAGAGUUUUCUUCAGUGGUGGCAGACACUCAGGAAUACAUCAUUGAGACUGCUACAGAAGACAUUGAGACCAGCGAAGCUACUGAAAUAAUUGAGGGAACAAGACAUGAGGUUGACAGCCACAUUAUGAAGGUUGUGCAACAAAUAGUAAAUCAAGCAAACUCUGGUCACCAGAUCAUUGUACAGAAUGUCACCGUGGCAGAAAACUCUGAAGUAACCACAGAUGCUGCGGACACCAUCACCAUUGCGACCCCCGAAAGCCUCACGGAGCAGGUUGCUAUGACGCUGGCUUCCGCCAUCGGAGAAGGAGCAGUGCUGACUACGGAGGGUAGCAUCGAGACCGAAGAAGCAACGGUGACGAUGGUGGCAUCUGAGGAUAUUGAAAUAAUGGAACAUGCAGGAGAGUUUGUGAUCGCCUCCGAGGAGGGGGAGGUGGAAGUCCAGACUGUGAUUGUGUAAUGAACAGCAUGCAGCUAGUGACAGAUGUUAAAUGUAAAACUUACUAUUUUUCUCCUAUUUGGGGAAUUUGAUCAGUCCUAAGUUUGCCAUUAUAAUUGUUCAGAGAGCAAGGGAGAGAAUGCUUCUAUAGGUAAGUGGCUUAACAGGAUGGUACAGCCCCACAAUGUUUUCUGUUUAAAAUGGAAAUAACAGUAGUUUAAAACCUCUGCAUGGUUAUACUGUGGAAGUGACUGAUAGGCCGUAUUUGACAGUCUUGGCGUUUUGUACAGCUGCCUCAAAUAAAGGAAGAUCCUUUGCAAAGCA